AUGUCAGAACGCGGUCAAUUCAGAGGCGGCAACAGAGGAGGAAACCGUGGUGGAAACCGCGGUGGAAGAGGUGGAGGUCGUGGCGGCGCUCACAACAACAACAACUCAUCGCACAACAACGAUUCCGAGACACCGCGCCCAAAGAAGGAGAAUAUUCUUGAUCUGAACAAGUACAUGGACAAGGAGAUUCAGGUCAAGUUCAGUGGAGGCAGAGAGGUCACCGGUACACUCAAAGGCUACGAUCAACUCAUGAACCUCGUCCUCGACGACGUCAAGGAAAUCACAAGAGACGACGAAGGCAAUACCUCGUCAAGACCACUCGGUCUCCUAGUCGCUCGUGGAACCCUCCUCGUCCUCAUUUCUCCCCUCGACGGCAGCGAAGAGAUCGCAAACCCUUUUGUGCAAGCUGAGGAGGAAGGUGCCGCUGCUAUCUGA